AGUCCUCCUGAUUUUCAUUCACGCGUGGGGGUGGGGUGGGGAGAAUAGGGGCUUCCCUCCUGGUUGAAAGGGUCGCUGGGUGAGGAUCCCCUGAUCCCUAGCUUCAGCGAGCCCCUCCCCUGCAGUUUCUAAUUCUCUUCCUGCCUUGCUUCCAUUCUUUCCGGUGGGUUAAAGCUCUCGUUUUGAAAAGUGGCCACGGAAGAAGCCCUGGGAGGGAACUGAGUCUCGGCCCCUCUGGUGGGCUCGUGCAGAGCCUCUUCACCUCCCACUACAGACUUUCUCAUUAGGACAGAUUCAGGAUGGUUCCCUGUCCUUGCACCCUUAAGCCUCCUACUAACCCCUUCUCCUCAAAGAGCCCCACCUCCUCAGAGCAGGAGGAUGGCCUGUGCUAUUUCUGUCCUUUCUGGGAUUUUUCUGAGAACAGAUUCUUGUUUUCAGUCUGAUUCAGAUGUGAAACUUUUCCCGAGGCCUCUCACCCAGUUGCUGUGGGCUGGGUCUCUGCCUCAUCACUGACUUCUUCCUCCAGGCAGGCUCCUUCUGUUCCCCUCCCCAAAGUUCUCUCGGGUGGGUCACUAAGUUCUGCUGAGACCUGGAGGAGGAAGUCAGGGGGCCAAGAGGGAGUCAUUCCUCCCGGGGGCCCCAGGCCCUGGGGGCAGCAUAUUGAUGCUCUGAAGUAGGAGACUUUGAUUCCCAUGGCAAAUCCUGUUCCUGUGCAGAGGAGCCACCUCCAGGGCCCCAUCCUCCGGCUACGAUGCAUGGUGAAGCAGCUGGAGAAUGGGGAGGUCAACAUUGAGGAGCUGAAGAAAAACCUGGAGUACACAGCCUCCCUGCUGGAGGCCGUCUACAUAGAUGAGACUCGGCAAAUCUUGGACACAGAGGAUGAGCUUCAGGAGCUUCGGUCAGACGCCGUGCCUUCGGAGGUGCGGGACUGGCUGGCCUCCACCUUCACCCAGCAGACCCGGGCCAAAGGCCGCCGGGCAGAGGAGAAGCCCAAGUUCCGCAGCAUCGUGCACGCCGUGCAGGCUGGCAUCUUCGUGGAACGGAUGUUCCGGAGAACGUACACCUCUGUGGGUCCCACCUAUUCCACUGCUGUCCUCAACUGUCUCAAGAACCUGGACCUCUGGUGCUUUGAUGUCUUUUCCUUGAACCGGGCAGCGGAUGACCACGCUCUGAGGACCAUUGUUUUUGAGUUGCUGACUCGGCAUAACCUCAUCAGCCGCUUUAAGAUUCCCACUGUGUUUUUGAUGACUUUACUGGAUGCUUUGGAGACAGGCUAUGGGAAGUACAAGAACCCUUACCACAACCAGAUCCACGCAGCUGAUGUUACCCAGACAGUCCACUGCUUUUUGCUUCGCACAGGGAUGGUGCACUGCCUGUCAGAGAUCGAGGUGUUGGCCAUCAUCUUUGCAGCAGCCAUCCACGACUAUGAACACACAGGCACUACCAACAGCUUCCACAUCCAGACCAAGUCAGAAUGUGCCAUCCUGUACAAUGACCGCUCAGUGCUGGAGAAUCACCACAUCAGCUCUGUUUUCCGAAUGAUGCAGGACGACGAGAUGAACAUUUUCAUCAACCUCACCAAGGAUGAGUUUGUAGAGUUGCGGGCCCUGGUCAUUGAGAUGGUAUUGGCCACAGACAUGUCCUGUCAUUUCCAGCAAGUGAAGUCCAUGAAGACAGCCUUGCAGCAGCUGGAGAGGAUUGACAAGUCCAAGGCCCUAUCUCUACUGCUCCAUGCUGCAGACAUCAGCCACCCAACCAAGCAGUGGUCAGUUCACAGCCGCUGGACCAAGGCUCUCAUGGAAGAAUUCUUCCGCCAGGGUGACAAGGAGGCAGAGCUGGGUCUGCCCUUUUCCCCGCUGUGUGACCGUACUUCCACUCUCGUGGCACAGUCCCAGAUUGGUUUCAUCGACUUCAUUGUGGAGCCCACAUUCUCUGUGCUGACUGAUGUGGCUGAGAAGAGUGUCCAGCCCCUGGUGGAUGAAGACUCCAAGUCUAAAAGCCAGCCCAGCUUCCAGUGGCGCCAGCCUUCUCUGGAUGUGGAAGUUGGAGACCCCAACCCUGAUGUGAUCAGCUUCCGCUCCACCUGGACCAAAUACAUUCAGGAGAACAAGCAGAAAUGGAAGGAACAGGCAGCAAGUGGCAUCACCAACCAGAUGUCCAUUGACGAGCUGUCCCCCUGUGAGGAGGAAGCCCCACCCUCCCCUGCCGAAGAUGAACACAACCAGAAUGGGAAUCUGGACUAGCCUGGGGCUGGCCCAGGUCCUCAUUGAGUCCCAAGUGUUCGAUGUCAUCAGCACCAUCCAUCGGGACUGGCUCCCCCAACUGCUCCAAGGGAGCAGGGAGGUUGAGAAACAGACAACCCACCCAAAGGCCAAAUGCCAAGAUUGUGGGGUUGGGGGAAGGGCCCCUCCCCACCGGACACCCAUUGGGCUGCACUUUAAUCUCCCGGCAGCAAGACUGGGGAACUUCAGGCUCCCAAUGGUCACUGUGGCCAUCCCCCUGCCUCUGGACUCCCCGCCAUGGCCAGAUGGCUGUCUGGGAAAGGGGAGCUUCCUGCAGGCUUCCCAGGGCCUGGGGGGAGGGUCAGAGAUGCCAGCCCCCUGAGCCCUCCCCUACCCUUUUAGACUCCAAGUUUCUAAGCAAUACAUUUUGGGGGUUCCCUCAGCCCCCACCCCAGAUCUUAGCUGGAAGGUCUGGGUCCCCCUUUUCCUCCCCUGAGAGGGGCUGGAAUAGGUUAGAAAGCUGGGGGGUUUCAGAGCCCUACGUAUGGGGAGGGGAGUGGGCUCCUUCAGGGCAUGAUAUCUUUCUAGGGCCUGGGAAUGGGGGGACAGCCUCUUUAUCCCAGAUCUGCAUUGCUUCAGCCACAUCCCCAGCUCGACCCCUUGCAGUCUUCCCUCUCUCCCAUUCUGUAAUGGUAACUGGAGGACUAGGGACUGAGGUUUUUCCUGGGGUCCUCAAGAGCUUGGGACUGGUCUGGACAUGUCACCUGCCCUGGCUGAUGCCUGAGCCCUUUGCCUACUUCCUUUCCCCUGGGGCUGGGCGGCUUCCAUCCGACCAAUGUCUGUAAAGUGCUUUGAGUCUUCCCAGCAAAGCACCUUUAGAAUGCAUCUUAUGGGCACAGGCAGGAGAGACUAGCUGGGUCAUGGGGGGGUAUAAUCCAGUAAUGCUGGGUUACCAACAGAGGAUCCCUCCCCUCUUGCCCCUUCCAGCACUGGCCCAGCUGCAGGCACCAAGAGGCCUCCUCUGGACAAGUGGGCAGCGGUGGGUGGAAGGCAGGUGGGGAGGGGCUCAGGGCUGCUGCUGUCAUGUCCUCUAAAGAGAGCCCACCAAGGCCCUGCCCCUUCCUCUCCUCAGGCUCCUCUUGCCCCACCUUGUCCCAGGAAAGGCCCAAGUCCAGGUGACUGUCCUCCUCCUUUCUUGUAAAUACCAACCAUGCAUUUGUACAGUGGUCCGUCUGUUUGUGUGAAGUCCAUAUCCAUGGUCUGUCUCUUAGACCUGCCACCUUGCCACCUGUCCCUCCUACCCCACCUGGAGUGGGGCAGAGACGCAUGUGACUCACCCCUGCCCUUGGCCUCCCAGAACCCUCUAUAGUCAGAGAUCAAUAAAGGAGGGAGACCAGG